AUGAAGUUCGAGAUUACUCCUGCCCGCGCGGCCGCGCUUGUCGCCCUCAUUGCCAGCGUUGAAGCUGCGCACCACGCUCAUUCCCACCACCAUGGACACGCCCACGAAGCCCGCACUCUUCCGGAGACCAAUACUCUUGAGAAGAAGAGUGGCCAGUGCCAGUUCCCCAGCGAUGCUGGUCUGGUUGCUGUCACCCCCAGUGAGCAGAACGCGGGUUGGGCCAUGAGCCCUAACCAGCCCUGCAAGCCUGGCAACUACUGUCCCUACGCCUGCCCUCCCGGUCAGGUCUCCAUGCAAUGGGAUCCCGAGGCUACCUCUUACAGCUACCCCAUGUCGAUGAACGGUGGUCUUUACUGUGAUGAGAGUGGUGAGAUCCAGAAGCCUUUCCCCAGCAAGCCCUAUUGUCAGGAUGGUACCGGUUCUGUGCAGGCCCAGAACAAGGCUAGCAAGUCUGUGGCUUUCUGCCAGACUGUCUUGCCCGGUAACGAGGCCAUGCUGAUCCCAACCCUGGUCGAGGAGCUGUCCACUCUCGCCGUCCCCGGCAUGUCCUACUGGUGCGAGACUGCUGCUCAGUACUACGUCAACGCUCCUGGUGUUGCUAUUGAGGAGGCUUGUAUUUGGGGCACUAGCGCCAACCCCGUCGGUAACUGGUCUCCCUACACUGCCGGCGCCAACACCGUUUCCAAUGGCGAUACCUACCUCAAGAUCGGCUGGAACCCUAUCUACCUGGAGCCCGCAACUCCCUUCCGUGAUGUUAAGCCCGAGUUUGGUAUUGAGAUCCUGUGCGAUGGCGAUGGCUGCAAUGGCCUUCCCUGCCGUAUCGACCCUGCCACCAUGGCGGUCAACGAGAUGGAUGCCCCUGAUGUCUUCACCGGCGCUGGCGGUGCCACUGGCUGUGUCGUUACUGUUCCCUCCGGUGCCAAGGCCAACAUCGUCGUUUUCGACGUUGGUGGUAGCUCUUCCAGCGAGACUGUCUCGGUCUCUACCAGCUCGGCUAGCCACACCAGCACUAGCAGCACCGUCGCUCCUACCACUACCUCGACCACUGAGACCCCGUCCUCCACCUCUUCUGCGUCCUCUACCUCCUCCGCUGACUCCACCUCGACUGACGACCUUACCUCCUCUGCUGAUUCUUCCAACACUCGCCUACCCAAGUCGAGCCCUACCAUCAGCUACACCUACCGCCCUCAUGUAUUCACCGGUUCCGCCGAAAUCUCAAUGGCUUCGUCUGCUUCUUCCGAUUCUUCGGCUGCUUCUGCAACUGGCUCUGCCGCCGCUGCCAGCACUUCUGCCGCUCACAACGGUGCUGCCUCCACCACUUUCUCCAUCAUGAGCGUGGCACUCGGUGCCGUGGCUGCCCUGGCCCUGAACUUCUAG